CUCCCCCCUCUCUCCACAUCAUCGCCAACAUCCUCCCCGUCAUCAUCACCCUACCCCCCCUCUCAUAACCCUCUCACAACCUUCCGCACUAGCCUCCCACGCUGCCUGCGCUAAAUCCCCCUCCGCCGCGUCACACACCCAAGUGGUCAAGGCGUCAACUUGCCCUCAACGCUCGCCUCUUGCUCUCUUUCUCUCUUUGAUCUCCCCCUCUCUCACACACUUACACACGUCUCCUCCUCUCCUCCUCCCCUCUCCUCGCUCCUCUCACCGCCGCCGCCGAACGCGACCCCAAACCCAGCAACAGCCCCCGUGCCGCAGUCGCGUCUUGGAAUCUCCCACCCUCAAACACGCACGCGCGCGCCUGCACACCAAACUCUUUAGCUGCUCCCAUCAGAGCAAGCAUCUCUUCAUCUCCCCUCGAGCUUAACCAUCAAUGAAGGGGCUGAAGAAGGCCGUGCUGUCACGGACGUCCAAGGCUUCAGACAGCAAGAUCAAGCCCUCCAACUCGAAGCAGUCCAACUCGCCAUCCCCAGGCCCAUCCUCUCCUGGCCCUGCAAGCGGUCCCAACAACAACAACAACAACAACCCCGCAACUGCCUCGGCCCCAACUGCUGGCAGCGGGCCCCAGGACUCGCCUUCUUCUGGCAAUGUGAAUGCUGCAGCUGGGUCCUCGUCACUCACUGCUCAUGCAGGAGCGCCGUUGACCCCCCGCCGUUCCCCCGUCUCUGACAAGACCCAGCCAGCACCUCCCCUCGUGAUCAUCUCGGGCGCACCCCAGCCACCACAGUACUCUGAAAUGCCCGCCGACCCCAUCCCACACUCACCCCACGGCCGCCAGUUUGGCUCACCAGACCGUGGUCCCGACGGUCAACCCACCCCGCCAAAGGCAAACAACCCCCUUAACCGCCUCCGUCAACCCAAGGACACGAUCCCCAUCGUCGGCAAGACGCCCCGCAAGCAGCGCAGCUCGCGCUUUUACGUCACCGAGCGCGUCGAGAUUGAAAAGCUCCCCCACUUUACAGAGGUCCGCCCAGAGGAGCGCAAUGCCUUGUUCAUCCGCAAGCUCCAGCAAUGUAGAGUCGUUUUUGACUUUAACGACGCCAGCUCGGAACUCACAGGCAAGCAGAUCAAGGCUCAGACCCUCCAUGAGAUGCUCGAGUACAUUACUCAGCAGCGCGGCGUGAUAACCGAGAACAUUUAUCCAGAGGUCGUUGGCAUGUUCUCGGCCAACCUGUUCCGCUCCAUCCCACCCCAGGUCAACCCAACGGGUGACGCGUUCGACCCCGAGGAAGAUGAGCCCGUGCUCGAGCUCGCAUGGCCCCACCUUCAGAUAGUAUACGAGUUCUUCCUGCGCUUUGUCGAGAGCCCUGACUUCAACACGAAUGUCGGCAAGCGCUACAUUGACCAGGCCUUUGUCCUUCAGCUCCUCGAGCUCUUCGACUCGGAGGACCCUCGAGAGCGCGACUUCCUCAAGACGACACUGCACCGCAUCUACGGCAAAUUCCUGAAUCUCCGAGCAUUCAUCCGCCGUUCGAUCAACCAUGUCUUUUUCCAGUUUGUCUACGAGACCGAGAGACACAACGGCAUCGCAGAGCUGCUCGAGAUUCUUGGCUCGAUCAUUAACGGUUUUGCCCUCCCUCUCAAGGAAGAGCACAAGAUCUUCCUAACCCGCGUCCUUCUCCCGCUUCACAAGGCAAAGUCGCUCGCGUUAUACCACCCCCAGCUCGCGUACUGCGUCGUCCAGUUCUUGGAAAAGGACCCGAUGCUCACUGAGGAGGUCAUCCUGGGCCUUUUGCGGUACUGGCCAAAGGUCAACUCGCCCAAGGAGGUCAUGUACCUAAACGAGGUCGAAGAGAUUCUCGACGUCAUCGAGGGCACCGAGUUUGCCAAGAUCAUGCAGCCGCUCUUCUCGCAGCUUGCGCGCUGCAUCAACUCGCAGCACUUCCAGGUCGCCGAGCGCGCGCUUUACUACUGGAACAACGAGUACAUUGUCAACCUCAUGGGCGAGCACAUUGCCGUCAUCCUCCCAAUCGUCUUCCCCGCCCUUUAUCAGAACUCGAAGCAGCACUGGAACCGGACGAUCCAUUCCAUGGUCUACAACGCUCUCAAGCUCUUCAUGGAGAUCAACCCUGAGCUCUUUGACGAAGUGCAGCACAACUACAAGCGCGAGCGCAAAGAGGAGUACGACCGAGCGGUCGCCCGCUAUGACGAGUGGCUUGCGGUUCGCGAGCAGGCCAUCGCAAACUACAAGGCGAGCGGCUCGACGCAGCCGCUUCCAGAGCUCCUCUCGCGAUCGCCACCGCCGCGUCCUGAGCCGUUCGUUGACGACGGGGAUGGGUCGGUCGAUCUUACGGCCAAUGGCUUCGAUGUCAGCGAGAGCUUUACGCUCGACCGGUCGAUUGCCGACGACAUUGUGCCCGUGGCUGACCCGGGCAUUGAGCAGCGGAGCCCUGAUUCGCCCGUCUUGAACGCGGCGGCCACUCCGGCCAGCCAGCAGCAGACGCCCCCACACAUGAGGAGGAAGUCGGUGCUGCCUAUCGACCCUGCGGUGAUGCGGGAUCUUGAGGUGAGUUUUGCUCAUCUAAACGUGCUAGCCCGUUAGCUAGCUAGCUGUGUGGCUGAAAGCACAAGCUGACACCCACAGGCCCACCGCAGCCUCGAUAACGAGGGCGCUGCCGCAAAGACACAAUAACUACCCUCUGUCGUCCGCGGCCGUCUUCUCUUGGCAUUCUGAAUCUCUCUUUCUCACUCGUGUAUC